UUCGUGAACCGCCGAAUAAAGCAAUGUUCACAAAAUGAGUUACGCCCAAAUCGUAAAUCGGUCUCGAAUUUUCAGUGUAUUUUUUUUAGUGUGCGUGCUUUUGUAAAGCUUUCGGAGCAAUUUUAUUCCUACCACUCCCCAAGAUCACUGCAGUAUCGAUGCAUGGAAAAAGCUUUUCGUCUUCCGUUCGUUCUGGAACUCCUCCAUUUUAAUUUCCUCCAUCGGUCUACAAUCACGCUCUCUUGCGUUAAAUUAUUCUGCUUCCGGUUAAUGUAGUCGUUCCUAGUACUCCUGUUUUUAAUAGAUGUAAAUUAGAGAAAAAGUAGUUAAGUGUUUUCAGAAUCUUGUGUAACUCAAAAAUGAAAAAUCACGAGAAUUGUUCGGAGCCAUCGGAUGAUAAGAAUGGCGGAUUGGUGUUGCUUCCGGGUACUAGUUGGGCCAAUGAAAUGGAGCGCAGCAUAACUGAAACCUCGGGUCAAGAAGAAAAACAGAACUCCAUUACUUCAUGUUUCGGCAGUGCCGUGGAAGAUCAGGAUGGACAUUCCAAUGAUGGGGACAAGUCAGUGUCAAAAUUCUACCGCAGCGAUUAUCCAGUUACGCAGAUAAACGGUUGUCGGCAGUAUGGGCCACCGAAAAACUGGGUUGGCCCCACGCCUGGCUUCGGUUGCGAAAUAUAUGUCAGACGAAUUCCGCCGGAAUUCACAGAGGCCAAUUUGGUGCCACUUUUCGAACGAUUUGGGAAAAUUUAUGAAAUGCGCCUAAUGAUGGAUUACAGCAACAAUAAUCGCAGGUAUUGUUUUGUGCGUUAUACAAACGAGGAGGAUGCGAAGGUGGCCAUCGAAGUCCUGAAUCACCAUUUUGUGCAGGAGAAUCAAACACUGGAAGCGCAGAAGUCAUUCGAAAAGUGUCGAUUGUUUGUCGGCAAUCUGCCGAAAGAAAUUGAUCGUAAAACAAUUGAAGUUGCUUUCCGGUCGCUUUUCCCGGAAAUGACCCGCUUCGUCAUGCACAACCGUAUCACCGAUGGGGAGAUGAAUCGAGGGUUCGCUUUCAUGGAUUUUGCAAAUCACGCCGCAGCAUUGCGCGCUAAAAAGCAAACUACGCCCGGCUGCAUGCGCAUGUGGGAACGAGAUAUUAAGAUCGUUUGGGCCAACCCACAGCAAUCUUUGGACCAUUCCAGAGUGGACGAUGUGAAAAUCAUAUUUGUCAGGAAUAUUGAUCAGAGGGUGACGACGUCAGACCUGUACAAUUUGUUUGUUCGGAUGGUACCCCGACAGGAUAUAAUCAACAUUACUAGAGUACGUGAGUUUGCGUUUGUCGAAUUUGCGCUGCGGCAGCAAGCAGAAAUGGUGAUGCAUGUGGCCCAGGGGUAUGUGCUGCAUAAGUUCGCGCUGGACAUUGAAUGGGCCAUGCCACCACUAAGACCUACCCACAGAAAUACAUUCCACAACAUGAAGAACUACGAUUUCGACUCGCUGCUGCGACUAAAGUGUGUCGCUAAUGAAUGGGAUCCACCGAUCAUAAUCUAUGGGCGAGUUUUCUCGUUCUGUGCCCUGCAGUACGUAGCUGUCCUCAUUCGGCGCCACAAACAAGUGCACGUGUACUUCCUCGAGAUGCAUAUCACUGGACUUGCCGACAUACAAAGUCGAGUGUGCGAGGCAAUCGUAACCUUGAUUCUGGAGAAAGGAGUACUGCCUGAACCAUAUUUAAUUUUGAAAAUUAGGCACGAUGCCAUGAGGCUGGUUGGUUCGGUUUCUUCACUUUCACGGCCGACUCUCAACUUGGCACAAGAAGUAAACGAUUCGCUUGAGCUGUUCUGGACCGAGAUAGUAGUUCUCUGUGAGGCGGCCAAUGAAUUCGUAAAAUAUUCUUUCGACGAUCUCUUCGCCUUGUAUCAACAAGAAAUUAUGACUGGUUUCUCUUUCCCGUAUUUGGAUACUAUUCAACUUAGUGAUCGCCUCAUCGGUUGCCUCUGUCAAACGUUCCGUUGUCGAUCGUCGUUCAACAGAAAACUGGACUGUCGUGAAAUUAUCUUCGUCUUGUGCGACCAGUACUCCAUGACGAAUUACUGCUUCUCUAAAAAGAACGACUGCAAUGCGGAACAGAUUUCUAAAAUGGAAAAUGUUGGUACUGCUGCUUUCAAAUAUAAAAUACUUACCAUGCUGCCGAACCGUAUCGUACAAGCAAGCCGUGGUCAAGAGCCUAAGAUCAACGCAGUCUACUUCGGAUUAAAUGCGUAUGCGUUGGAAGCGGAGUACAGCAUUAACAAAUAUGUACCACGUACGUUAUUCCAAGGAAAUCCACUAACGUUGAAUCCGAACAUUCCACCACCACCACCAAUGCCAGGAACCAUGCAACAGAUGAUGCCUUGCAUGUUUAACCCGGUUCCCGUACCUCAGGUAUUCAACGGUGACGUGGACCAUUUAUCACAAGCACUACAGCAACUCGGAAUUAAUUGCCCUUCCCUAGCGACGCAUGCCUAUUACGGACCGGCAACCAUUCCACAGCCGCCGCUAUUUGAGUCAGCACACUAUUGGUGAAGAGCAACACGUGAUGGUAACAAGUUUUUUUUAUUGUUUUUUACUGAUAUUUUGGAUGAACUUUUUUACUUUUGAAAAGUGUUUUUGAUUAGGUUUAAGUGCAUUGUCAUCACUGAUUUUAUUUGAUUCAAAUGAUUGUUGUUGUUAAAAAGUUUUAAUCUAACUUUGACUUGAAAUGACGUUUCAUAACCAUACAUGUUUCUUAAAUUUUAAUUCCAAUAAAAAUUAUUCUUUCAAAUA